GUACGUUCGCUGGAAGAAAUAUGGGUGAUCUUUCGAUGGGGAUCCGUGAUCGUCGGCUAAAAGACGUGUUCAGAUGGCGCUCGAGUAAGUACAGAGUAAUGGGGCAAGUAAAAGCAGCGGAUGGAGCGUCAGGGCAGGACGGUCGCUCCGUGUCAUUAAAGUCAGAGUUUCGAAGGACGGUGAUCAGGCGUGUUAAGAGGGAAGUAACCGACGGUCCGGCAGACACAAAUAUCUGCUGUUGAUUCACGUGCUGCCUGUCGUGUUGGAGGAACCCCAAGAAGGGCUAGGAUCUUUGGGGAACAAGGGGGUUACCGACCCAAAAGGGGCUUUCUCCUGCAGUCCACUGAAGGGUGACCUUUUACAGAGAUGCUCCAGGAGAAGGUGGUGUCUGUGACUGACCAGGGUGUGACUGCGGCCGUGCCUGCUACACUUCCGGAGCUGGUUCGUGAGCCGCCGCCCCCCCCACACAUGGGACUGCCCUCAGCCAGCGUCGAUCAGCACCACGGGGAAGCCGACCAGAACAUCGAGAACAUCAAGGUGUUCCUGCAUGAACGGGAGCUUUGGAAGAAGUUCCACGAGGCUGGAACGGAGAUGAUCAUCACCAAGGCGGGCAGGAGGAUGUUCCCCAGCUACAAGGCAAAGGUGACAGGAAUGAACCCCAAAACCAAGUACAUCCUCCUUGUGGACGUCGUCCCCGCUGACGAUCACCGCUACAAGUUCUGCGACAACAAGUGGAUGGUGGCUGGCAAGGCGGAGCCGGCCAUGCCGGGCCGACUGUAUGUGCACCCCGACUCCCCGGCCACAGGGGCCCACUGGAUGCGGCAGCUAGUCUCCUUUCAGAAGCUGAAACUCACCAACAAUCACCUGGACCCUUUUGGACAUAUAAUCCUCAACUCGAUGCACAAGUAUCAGCCCAGGCUGCAUAUCGUCAAGGCCGACGAGAACAACGGCUUCGGCUCAAAAAACACCGCCUACUGCACCCAUGUCUUCCCAGAAACGCUCUUCAUAUCCGUUACAUCCUACCAGAACCACAAGAUCACGCAGCUGAAGAUCGAGAACAACCCCUUCGCGAAAGGGUUCCGGGGCAGCGACGAGGGAGACCUGCGCAUGUCCCGUCAGCAGGGCAAAGACUACCACCCCGUGAUCUCCAAGAACAUGGUGCGGCAGAGACUGGUGACCUCACACGCCCAUCUGACCGGAAAGCUCAGCGCGGGGCUGCUUCCAGCACACUCGCAGGUCUUGCCUCAUUACCAGUACGAAAGUGGAGUUUCCUUAGCCAACCCCGAUCCCCCAGAGACCCUCACCAGCCCCUUCCCGCCCGGCAGGGACACUGGCCUGCUCUACCACUGCUUCAAACACAGAGAUAACACCAGGCACCUGGAGCUGGGGUGCAAGCGUCCAUACCUGGACACAGCGCCCUCAGCUGUCUCGGAGGAGCACUACUUCUGUUCCCCACCUUCCUACGAGCCCCCUCUGCUGUCUCACCCCUACUGCGGGGAGGUGCUGGGAUCCCGGGAGGCUUGCAUGUACGGAGGAGAGGAGGGCGAGGCAGGGGUUGCUGGGGGAGGAGCCAGUGCAGACGGCCUACCGCCCCCUUCCCUAAACUGCAGCAUGUGGCCCUACUCCCGGUAUGGAGUGCAGGCGGUGGAGGCCGUGUCCUACCAGCCCUUUGCUACACACUUCUCCAGUGGCGGUUCUGCUACAUCCACCGUCAUGCCCCACCACACCGUGCAGCGUCCGCCGCCCACUCCGCCCGACCACGCCCUCUACGGGCCCCCCGCCGCACAGAGGGGCCUGCCACCAGCACCCUUAUCUACCUCUUCCUCCUCCUCAUCUUCACCUGCUCACGGCACGAGGAAUAGAGCGCUGCACCCUUCCCUCUACCCCAGGAAGCCAGGGUCUCCCCCGAGGCCCCAUCCACACAGGGACUUCUCAGCAUUCCAUCCCCAAAGCCCCCAGCCGCUGAGGGACGCCCCAUACCAGUACCAGAUGGGGUUGAGCAAUGCUGGGGCCCACUGGACUGACAGUUAGUGUUGGGUGUAUGAUGUAAUGCCACAUUGUCAUCUUUCCCGCUAGCAGAGAAGCUUUCACCUCAUUUACCUCGCUCUAAAAAAAAAUAAAAGGAGACACUGAAGGCAGAGUACACUCUUGCAGUUACGCCUGUCUCACGGGGCUGCACACUGUGGUAAAGCUUAAGCAGAACACACACAAAAGACUUUCUGGCUGAACUCGAGCGACACGUGUCCCUCAAGGCCUCAUUGUUUUCGUUUGGGCACAUUUGUUUUGUUGAGCGCAACUGCAGGAUUUCAUAAAACGCCGGUCCUGAACUUCCUCAUCCGUACAUAGAAAUGAUGGUGGUUGACAGAUGUUUUAAUCUUACGGCCGGUGCCAGUCGCCCUGUGAGAGGAUGGGGCUUUUCCUCGUUGGUGUGUGAUAACACAUAAAAUAUGAACGCAAGCCGCACUUGCAAUUGAACCGUUUGGGAUUAUUUAUUUCGUCAUUGUGUGUGCGUAAUCCCACCGUGUGUCCAAGGGAGAACGAUCGAGUGGCCACUGAGAAGCUGUAACAGUGCAGAUGAAUCUCUAUAGGUACCGGUGACAGUAAAGAAACUCUCAGUAAAUGGCACCAUAAAAGGGAAACACUCUGUCACCAGUGUUAAAAUUUAGUGUAAAAAAUCCCAGAGUGAAACUAAACAAUAACAGGUUAAAAAUAACUUGUAUCAGACACCCGUACACCCCACCUUAAUAUUCAACAUUUUACAGGAAGGCAACAGAAAAGUACAUAAACUAUAAAUGGUUACAUUUCCAUUAACCUUUGCUCCAAAUAGUGUCAUCGGUGAUACACUCACAGAGUGAGUGUGUCUUCCUGUUUGUGUGAGGUGUUUACCAUAGCCCCUAAAGUGCUUUAUUUGGUUUCAGGGAAAAUAGCACAGUAGAACCAGGAAAUGGUAUAGAGGGAGUCAACCCACUAAGUACUAAGUGAUGAAACAAAUACCACGGACAGCGAUGAGGAACAGAGACGAUACAUGAUCUUUGACUUAUAUUAGGCAGGAACAUAAAGGCUUUUCGGUUUUUGGACUAAUUUGCUAAAUCUAGAGGUGGAUAGUUCAGAAAGUAAAAAUUGGGACAAAGAUUUUGUUUGAACUAACCAGUUGAGUCCUCUGUGACUAUGACUCUUUAUUCUCAAAUGGUUGGUUCAAACAAAAUCUUUGUCCCAGUUUUUACUUUCUGGGCCUGAACUAUCCACCUCUGGUCAUAACAUAUGCAACUAUAAACGGCCAACAUUUGUCCCCAUAGUCCUUUAUGCGGGAAAUAACGAUCGAGUGCAUCGGUGAACUAAUUAGAUAGUGACGAACGUUUUGGUGCAGACCACCGACCCACCUCAGGCGAUUUGUGCUGGGAAAAUAAGGUACUCAUCCAAGCUCGAUUACCUCAGACAGCAUCUUUAACGGCAGAACAAACUUCCCCUGCAUCCAGAUGUGCGCUUAAGUCGCACCAUAAAACCUAGGGAAGAACAGAAUGGAGAACAACCCUAAUCCCAAACCAAAAGGACUUGGUGGGAAGGGGGAAAAAAUCCUUAUUUCAAACACAUGUAAAAUGGUUCCAAAAGGCAGAAAGCCAUAUGGCAAACAGGGAGGGGAAUGGGGCUCAUUCUCCCCAAGC